CAUUCCAGCCCCAGAAUGUUGACCAUUGCUCUCCUAGUCCUUCUUUGUGCCUCAGCCUCUGCCAAUGCCAUUCGGCCCAGAUCCUCCUCCUAUAAUGGGGAGUAUGGAGGUAGUGGAGGACAGCGCUUCUCCCAUUCUGGGAACCAGUUGGAAGGCCCAAUCACUGCCAUCCGUGUCCGUGUCAACAAUUACUACAUUGUAGGUCUCCAGGUGCGCUAUGGCAAGGUGUGGAGCGACUAUGUAGGUGGGAAGCAGGGAGACCUGGAAGAGAUCUUCCUGUACCCUGGGGAAUCAGUGAUCCAGGUGUCUGGCAAGUACAAGAGAUACUUGAGGAAGCUGGUCUUUGUGACCGAUCAGCACCGCUACCUAGCUUUUGGGAAAGACACAGGCACGAGUUUCAAUGCUGCUCCCUUGUACCCCAAUACCGUCCUACGAUUCAUCAGUGGCCGAGCUGGUUCCCUCAUCAACGCCAUUGGCCUGCACUGGGACUACUACCCCAGUGAGUGCAGCAGCUGCUAAACUCCUCCUCCUCCUCCUCCUUGGCAGUAGCUCUAGUGGGCACAAGUUCUUUUAUCACUAACCCCCAUACACAUACAUGACUUAAUAAAGUGAUAAUGCUAAAGCUGGUAAAAAUA